AUGUGUCCUGAAGGGUCCCCCGACGACCCUCUCCACCACCCCUACACCUGCCUGGUCUUCUUCGAACAACCUCACAAUCUCACCAUCCACCUACACCACUUCCACCCCGACUUGAUGUCCCAAGGGAUUCAGGAAUUCGGGGAUUCAGGAGCUCAGGGAGUUCAGGGAUUCGGGGCUCAGGGGAAUCGGGGAAUUGGUUUAAAGUUCAAAGAAGACAAUCAGCUGAUAGUGGUGUUGUGUAGUUUAAUAUACUACUAUGCGUGGCCGGAACUAGUAGGCUCUGAGGACCGGCUAUGUGCCGACAUGCAGAUGGUGAUCCGCCUGAAGGACGUGGACCAUCCAGUGUACCUGAACAUCUCUACACUGCCACGAGGACCUCAUCACCAGCACCAUCAUCCUCCCCGACCACAAAAACAACAAUACCUGCCUCGCCACCUUCACGAAAAAUACUCAGAACGACGCAGAUUCAACUUCACUUUUGAGAUGCGACCAACUGAGGACUUUGAACCAGCUGUAGAUGGUCUCGAAUACGCCCACCUGGGAAACUGUAGUUACAAUGGAGUGCCCGUCCUUCACCAGUUGUCUCGCAGGGUUAAACCAUCUACGUUAACAGUUCAGCCCUUUGAGGACGAUGAUUGA